AUGGCCAAUCCGUACCAAAACUACUCUGGGGCACCAGGUUAUAACCCAAACCCCGCAUAUGCUCAACCUGGUCAACAGCCUCCCCAACAGCCGCCGCCCCAUGGUGCGCCUCCUCAGGGUUACUAUCCACCUCCACAGGGCUACCCUCCACAGGGCUAUCCUCCUCAGGGCUAUCCUCCGCAAGGACAAUACCCUCCGCCUGGCCAAUACCCUCCACAGGGCCAAUAUCCCCCUCCCCAACAGCCAGGUUAUGGGUAUCCUGCACAACCUCCCCCGGGUGGGUACAGCAUACCCCCAGGUGCUCCCGGUUACGGAGCGCCCGGCCAGUUUCCCCAGCCUGGGUACGGGGCACCCGUCGCUCCGACUCCACCGUCGCCAGGAUAUAUUCCUGGCCAGAUGGCAACAGGCCGAGAUGCAACCAAAGAUGCAGAGGCCCUCCGAAAGGCCAUGAAGGGGUUCGGCACUGACGAGACGACCCUAAUUGAUAUCUUGUCCCGUGCCGACCCAUUGUAUAUGGCCCUCAUCAACGAUACGUACACUAAGAAGAUCAAGCGAAAUCUUGAGCAGGACAUUGCCAAAGAAUGCUCUGGAAAACUUGAAAAGGUUCUCUUGGCCCUUGUCCGUGGGCCAUUGAUGCAGGAUGUAUAUGCGGUCAAUGAAGCUAUCAAGGGGAUGGGCACAAACGAAAGCCUACUCGACAACGUGCUUCUCGGUCGAACCAACGCGGACAUCAAGGCGAUCAAAGAAGCGUAUAAAAAGACAUUUGGUUCCUCUCUAGAAGCUGACGUACGCGCCGACCUCUCGGCGGCCACGGAGCAGUUCUACAACAACGUCAUGGCCGCCGAGCGCGCUGAAGAAGCCACACCCAUCGAUCCUAACUUGAUCGACCAAGACGUCAAGAGUCUUCACGGUGCAUUGCGUGGAAACCUCGGUGUCCCUAAAUCCGUGGUCUUCCAGAUGCUGGCCCGGCGAUCAGAUGCUCAGCUGCGUGCCAUUAGUGAUGCGUAUAAGGCACAAAACGGCACGGAUCUUGAAGCGGAUAUAUCUGAACUCUUUGACGGCCAUAUGAAGGAUGCCCUCGUGCAGAUACUACGUGGAGCCAGAAAUCCAGCCAGGAAGGACGCGCAGUUGUUGGAAGAAAGCAUGGCUGGGUUUGGAACCAAGGAUGAAUUGCUGAUUUACAUGGCUGUUAGGGUGCACUGGAAUCGCGACCAUAUGGAGAAAGUGAAAGACGCGUAUCGAAAUAAGUAUGGAAAGGAGCUGAGAAGUCGUGUGGCAGGAGAGACGAAGGGCGACUAUGAGAAAGCCUUGUUGGCGGUUUUGCAGUGA